AUGGCGAGGUUCAUCCUGGGCCUGGUGGAGCUCGGGGUCAGCGCGGCCGUGCACCUGCUCUUCGGCUUCUACGUCUUCAGCACGGCCGUCGCGGCGGACAUCUCGCAGGCCGCCGCCGCGUCCGGGUGCCCGCUGCUGCGCCGCCCGCCCCCGGCCGCGGGGCUCGUCGACGUCGCCGCCGCCGCGGCCGAGGAGGAGGACGAACGCAGGGGCGUCGUGCUCGACGGCUCGCCGCCGCCCAUCGUCCUCGUCCACGGCAUAUUCGGCUUCGGCAAGGGGAGGCUCGGCGGGAUGUCCUACUUCGCCGGCGCCGAGAAGAAGGACGACCGCGUGCUCGUGCCGGAUUUGGGGUCGCUCACCAGCAUCCAUGACAGGGCGCGGGAGCUGUUCUACUACCUCAAGGGGGGACAGGUGGACUACGGCGUGGAGCACAGCCAGGUUUAUGGGCACACGCGCUUCGGGAGGAUCUAUGAAACAGGGCAUUAUCCUGUGUGGGACGAGCAGAACCCUGUGCACUUUGUGGGGCACUCGGCCGGCGCGCAGGUUGUGAGGGUGCUGCAUCAGAUGCUCGCUGAGAAGGCUUUCCCUGGGCAUGAUACUUCUGAAGACUGGGUUCUGAGCCUUACUUCCUUGUCAGGCGCCCUUAAUGGAACCACACGGACUUACUAUGACGGCAUGCUGGCUGAAGAUGGGAGAUCCAUGAAAUCAAUUUGUCUUCUUCAGCUCUGCAGGCUUGGAGUCAUUGUCUAUGAUUGGCUGGACAUUCCUUGGCUGAAGAAUUACUACAAUUUCGGUUUUGAUCACUUUGAAAUGUCAUGGAGAAAAGUUGGUUUUUCUGGUUUAGUUGAUCUCCUGCUAGGGAAUACUGGGCCGUUUUCCUCAGGAGACUGGAUUCUCCCUGACCUCACAAUUCAAGGAUCUCUAAAAAUUAACUCCACCCUCAAGACCUUUCCCAAUACAUUCUACUUCAGUUAUGCUACAAAGAGAACUCGGAAGCUAUUUGGAAUUACAGUACCAUCAAGCGUCCUUGGAGUUCACCCGAUGCUCUUUCUCAGAGUUCUCCAGAUGUGUAUGUGGCGGCACCCUCAAAACGCGCCUCUACCUUACAAAGGAUACAGGGAUGAAGAUUGGGAAGAUAAUGAUGGGGCUUUGAACACAAUCUCCAUGACGCACCCUCGCAUUCCCAUAGAGCAUCCUAACCGUUUUGUAGUGGAUGAUUCUGACUGCAAUCCUUUGCAACCUGGGAUAUGGUAUCACAAGAUCAUUGAGGGUGAUCACAUUCUUUUCAUUGUAAAUCGGGAAAGAGCUGGAGUGCAGUUUGAUUUGCUGUAUGAUGGCAUUUUCGAGCGCUGCAGAAAGCAUGCAUUUAGGAAGAGUCCCCCUACCAUGCCAAACGAAACAAGUCAAUAG